CGUGCUUUAAUUCUGGGUUUGCGCUCAGGUCCCACCUCCGUGUUCUGUGUAGUUGGACCUUACGUGCUUGCGGGAGGGAGACGCGGAGGGGUCCUGCAGGAACUGCUCGGGGCGCGGAGGGAAGGGCGACACGAGAGCCUGACAGCAGGACUGCGCCGGUGAAGAAGGCUGCUCCGGCGGACUGCGAGCCGAGACGUACCCCGGCUGUUCCUUGGAACCAACCCUGGCCGGUCUCGCCAUGCUCGGGGCCCGGCGCCUACUCGGCGCGCUGCGCCUCUGUUCCUCCGUUUCCUGCCCCAGGCCCCGCGCGUCUGCCAAAAUGCGCGUGAGGGACGCCCUCAGGGUCCUGGACGCGAGUGGGGAGUGCGUAACGGUGCAGGGAUGGGUCCGGUCCGUCAGAGCCCAGAAGGAAGUUUUGUUCCUGCACGUGAAUGACGGAUCUUCUCUGGAAAGUCUUCAGGUUGUUGCUGAUUCAAGCUUCGACAGUAGAGAACUGGCUUUUGGGAGUUCUGUGCAAGUCCAAGGGCAGCUGGUCAAAAGCCAGUCCAAGAGGCAAAAUGUGGAACUGAAGGCAGAAAAGAUUGAGGUUAUUGGAAAUUGUGAAGCCAAGGCAUUCCCUAUAAAGUAUAAGGAGCGACAUCCUCUGGAGUACCUGAGACAAUACCCUCACCUGAGGUGUAGGACUAAUGCUCUGGGUUCUAUAUUGAGGGUCCGCAGUGAAGCCACAGCUGCUAUUCAUUCCUACUUCAGGGACAAUGGCUUUGUGCACAUUCAUACCCCAGUACUCACAUCCAACGACUGUGAGGGGGCCGGAGAGCUUUUCCAAGUGGAGCCUUCAAGCAAAAUAAAGGUACCUGAGGAGAAUUUCUUUGAUGUUCCUGCUUUCUUAACUGUCUCAGGACAACUUCACCUAGAAGUGAUGUCAGGAGCUUUUACCCAAGUAUUUACCUUUGGCCCGACAUUCCGAGCUGAGAAUUCCCAGAGCCGGAGACACCUGGCUGAAUUUUAUAUGGUUGAAGCAGAGAUUUCAUUUGUGGAAAGCCUUCAGGAGCUCAUGCAGGUCAUGGAGGAGCUCUUCAAGGCCACCACCAAGACGGUCCUCUCACACUGUCCUGAAGAUGUUGAGCUGUGUCACCAGUUCAUAGCUUCUGGCCAGAAGGGCAGACUAGAACAUAUGCUAAAAAACAACUUCCUAAUCAUUUCUUAUACGGAAGCAAUUGAGAUCUUAAAGCAAGCAUCUCAGAACUUCGCCUUUACACCCAAGUGGGGUGUUGAUCUACAAACCGAACAUGAGAAGUACCUGGUGAGGCACUGUGGCAACAUACCAGUCUUUGUCAUCAAUUACCCGUCAGAGCUCAAGCCCUUCUACAUGAGGGAGAAUGAAGAUGGCCCUCAGCCCACAGUUGCUGCUGUAGAUCUUCUGGUUCCUGGAGUUGGGGAGCUCUUUGGAGGUAGCCUCAGGGAGGACCGGUACCACAUCCUAGAGCAGCGACUAGCCAGAUCAGGACUUACUAAAGCCUACCAGUGGUACCUGGACCUUCGCAAGUUUGGAUCUGUGCCACACGGAGGCUUCGGGAUGGGUUUUGAACGCUACUUACAAUGCAUCCUAGGAGUUGACAAUAUCAAAGAUGUUAUCCCUUUUCCAAGGUUUACUCAUUCGUGUCUUUUGUAGCUGAAAGAUGGUUUAAUGAGAAGUGCUCCAUCACCAAGACUCUGCGCCUGAGUCUGCGGAGAGAAGACCGCUGUUUGCAGUCUGGAAUGUGGGUUUCAGUGCACAGUUCUUGUGCUCUGAGACAUAAUAUAUGAAAAAUAGAAAUGGCUUUGAUCAUCUUAAGAAGUCAAAGGCUUUUCAUGGACAGAUAAACUCCCCAAGGGGAAAUACUAAGAGCACAUGGACUUUCAAACUGUUACCUCAAUUAGGAAAUAAAAGUAAUAGUAGCUGGGCAUGUUGUCCAGCUGCUGGAGAAGCUGGCAUGGGAGAGUAAUGAGCUUGGAUAACAUCUCAAGCAAGAAGGAUGGAAGACACGAAGUGAGGGGCUCAGAGUUCCUCAGGACUCGCACCUCAUGGCCGGCUCUCACCUCAUGGCCAGCUUGCACCUCAUGGCCGGCUUCCCCUUUCAUUGAGCUCACUUCCCAUUGUUUUGUUUGUCUGUUUGUUUUUGUUUGUUUUUUUAACAACUAGUGGCUAAAAAUAAGGUGAUGUUGACCCUUUUCUCCCUUGCCAGUUAAACUUACGUGAUGCCAAUCUUGUUCUCGGUACUUUACUCAACUUUAUAGAAGAAAAUAUUCCUUUUCAGGGUCUAAAUUGAUUAAUGAGGUGGCUAUUCUGAAUUGAAACAUUCAUCAUUGGGUGGUGAAAAAUCACAUUUAAUAACUGUUGAUCUUUAUUUUUAAAAGUUAAAGAGCUAACAUUAACCAUUCAAAUUUGUCAAUCGUUUUAGUUCAUUUAUAUUAGAUGUUUAUAAGUAUUCUAAUAGUCAUUAAAUUUUUAAGUUAAUACCUUGAAGAAAGUUAUUUUUAAAUUCAUCUUGAUCCUUUCCCAGUGAAAUUUGGAAGAAAGGUAUCUUUAAUCAAAGGUGGUGUUGAAAAUGUAGCCAAACCUCUGUAUGUGAUGGGUAAUUUUAGAAUAUGGUGUGGCCUGAUAGAAUGUAACCAGAGCCCCUUUGAGUGCUCAGGAUCUGACCCUUCCAACACCUUAGAUAAAACCACUUACUUUGUAUAAACUGAAACAUCAUUUCUUCAGAGUUGUUACAGCACAUGGACACACUUGUAUUUACUUGUGUGUGCAUUUAAAACCAUGCUUGAACGAGAAAUGCAGGUCAGAACUAGAAAUGCAGGUCAGAGUUAGAGCAUUUUCCUAGCACGCUUGGGACUCUGGGUUUGAUCCAUGGCAUGGGUCGAAGUGGGGGUGUCACACUUUUAAAAACUCUUGGCUUGUUUUAGUCUUCACCAGGCUUCAUUUAUGGGGAACUAUUGUUGGUUGUAUAUUCGGUUGAGUUUAUGUGUAUUAAAUAAUUAUAAAAUGACAGGCAUACCUAAAAUAAUUUUCAAAGUUUCAUUAGAUACUCUUGCAGAUUGCUUUUUAAUUUAAUUGUAUGUGUUUGGAUGUUUUCUCUACAUGUAUGUAUGUACACCAGUUGCAUGGCUGGUACCACCCAUACAGAGACCAAAAGGGGCAUCUGGUCCCCUGGAAUUUGUAGUUAGAGAUAGUUGUGAGCUGCUAUGUGGAUGCUGGGAAUAGAACCUGGCUCCUCUGGAAGAGCAGCCAGUCCCCUUAACUGCUGAGCCAUCUCUCCAGCCCUCUUAGAUUAAUUCUUUUUCGGGGUGUUGGAGGUGACAAGGUCUCUCUAUAUAGCCCUGACUGUCCUGGAACUUUCUAAGUAGACCAAACUGGCCUUGACCUCACUUGUGCACAACUGUGCCUGGCCCUCCCUUUUGUUAGUUUUUAACCAGUUUAAGUUGUGUUUCUUAGCCUAAUUCAAAAUUAACAUCUGAAGAGUGAACUUCAGAACCUCAGGGUUAAAAGGCACCUAAGAGGUUGACUGGGUUGACCUGCCUAAUGCAGAGAACACCUCGUGCCUGGGCCAUGUGUUUGGGCCUUUUGUUGUUAUUGUUGUUUGCUUGUUUUUCUUGAAAAGAUGUUCAUUCCAUUGGUGAAUCUUUGUAUUCAGAAUGGUUGCUAAGCUAAAGUCCCAGAUCCAAUCUACUUUCCCUUACAUACCAAGUUUAAGAAAUGAUGAAAGGGAUAAUAGGACUUUAAUAGGACUCACUGCAACAUGAUUAGAAGUUCAUUUGUGUAUGCAAAGAAUACUGUUUGAGCUUCUUUUGUGUGUCCAUACUAUACUAAGUGCUAAGCAGUUAUGAACAAAAGAGAAGUGACACUACAUGGAAUUUAUAACCUAUUAGAAAAGAUACAUAAUGAGAUAAAUGUUUUAUUUCAAGGGUAUCAUGAGAAAGCUGUAUAAGAAAUAAUAAGCAUCCUAGAAAAGGCAUCUUUGGAAAACAGUGAUAAUUAGCUUUAAACCUGGAUGGCUAAUGACAAAAAAAAAUUAUCUUUAAGUUAUUACAUUUAUUUAUUUGUGGGGAUAAUGUGUACAGGUCACAUGCAGAUGUCAGGGUCAGAGAACAACUUUCCAGAAAAACUUUCUAACUACACCUCUUAAUAGUACCACUCCCUAUGGACUAAGCAUUCAUAUACAUGAGUCUAUGGAGACCAUUCCUGUUCAAACCACCACACCUUCCAUUUUCCAAUCUUUGUUGGACAUUGUCAUUAAGAGUUGUCUAGUCUUUAGAUCACUCACAAUCCCUAGUACACACUGAGCUUGUAAAGGAGACUGAUAGUUAAACAGUAGAUUUAAGCAUGUUCAGUGCGUGCUGUGUGGUUGAAAGAUCUUAGAACAUCAAUGUAUUGUUUCAUGCCUUUGCCAAGACCUUCAGCAGUGUCUUUCUGAAACUUCUUACUUAAUUCUUCCUUGUCUUGACAGUUACUCACACAUUGAGUGUCUGGUUAAAGCCAAACACUUGUCACAUGCCUGAUGAUGUCCGUCUUUGGCCUAGUACUUGUGUUUUACCAAUAAUUGGGCAAAAAAAUAUUGGUGUCAGAUGACAUAUUUGUGAAAAAGGAUGAAAAUACCAGUCAAAAGUGACUUGUGGGUAAUAUAACAGGGAACAACUUAAAAUGCCAGCAGCAAACAUGUAAUUAACUGUAUAUGUCUGUAUAUAGAGAAUAAAAAGAUGGUUAUAACAAUAGAACAAAAGUCCAAUCACUGGACAAAUUUUUUAAACAGACAAUUCUCAAAAGAAGCACAACUUUAAAAAAAAAAAAGAAACACAAAUGACCAAUAAAGACACACACACUUAUCAACAUCUUCAGCUAUAAAGAAAAUUAAAAUGAAAAUUGCAUUAAGAAUCCAUUUCACCCCUGUCAAAAUGGGUAUCAUCAAGAAAAUAAAUGCUUGCGAGGAUGUAGAUAAAAGAUUUCUUUAUACACUGUUGGAAGAAGGAAUGUAAGUUCAGCCACUAUGGAAAUCAGUUUGGGGAUUCCUUUUUUUUUUAAGGCAACUAAAACUAAAACCACCAUGUGAUCCUGUUGGACAGACACAAAAGGCAUCAGCAGCAGCAGAGCGGAGGGACGCCACACCCAUGCUCGCUGUUGUAUUGGUCAUGGUAGCCAGGAUGAGGAUGGCCCAUUGUCCAUACACAGAGUAAGGCAUAUCUGCACAUGGACUAUUCCAUCCAUCUUAAAUGGAAUUAUGUCAUUUGCAGGAAAAUGGAUAGGACUAGAGAUCGUGUUAAUCAAAAUAGGCCUAAUAUCACAUUUUCUCUCAUAUAGAAUCCAGAUUUUUGCUUGCUUCUUUGUGUUUGUUUUGAAACAAGUUCUUACUCUAUGACCCUAGAUGGCCUAGAACUCAAUCUGUAGACCAGGUUGGCCUUGAACCUCAGCCUCCCCAGCUCUGGGAUUGAAGUCAUGCACUUCCAUGCCUGCUAGAGUACAGUUUCGUUUUUUGUUGUUAUUUGGUUUGGUUUUUAAGAUAAGACAUAGAAGUGGCCUAUUUAAGAGAAUGGGAAGGAACAGAGAAAAGAGGGUGAAGAGGGGGAUAUGAACAGGAUCUGUGUAAAUGGUAUAUAUGCAUGAAAAUAUCAUGAGGCCCAGCAAUUUAAAAGCUCACUAUGCUUCAAUUAACCUGCAUAUGUGUCUAAAAGGAUCUGUGGUAGUUUGGGUGAGAAUGGCCACCAUAGGCUCAUAUAUUUGAAUGCUUUGUUGACAGUUGGUUGGAACCAUUUUGGGAAGGGCCAGGAAGUGUGGCCUUGUUAGAGGAAGUGUGUCACUGAGGAUGGACUUUGCAGUUCAAAGCUCACUCCAAGCAGUCUCUUUCUGUCUCCAACUUGCAGAUAAGACAUAAGCUCUGAGGUACUGCUCCAGUGGCCAUGCUUGCCUACCUAUUCCCAUGGUCCCAGCCAUGAUGGGCAUGGACUCACCCUCUAAAACUGUAAGCAAGCCCCCGAUUUAAUGCUUUUACAAGUUGCCUCAGUCAUGGUGUCUCUCCAUAGCAACAGAAAAGUAACUAAAACAAGGUCUCAUCAUAGUACCAAAGCUGACCUGAAAGAACUGAAAGAACUUAGCUUCCUGAGCGCUGGUAUUUACGGUAUUUAUUUAUGUACAUUAACCCACACCUAGUACUAUACUGAUAAUUUGGGGAGGGGAGUAUAAUUUAAUAGUAUAGGUUUAUAUAAUAUUCUCUCCUUGCAUGUGUGCUCAAAUCUGAGUAGAUUUAUGGAAACCAAAGGAAGGUGUUAAAUUCUCAGAGCUGUAGUUACAGGUGUGUGUGUGUGUGUAUGUGUGUGUGUGUGUGUGUGCGUGCGCGCGCAUAUAUGUGUGUAAGAGAGAGAGAGAGAGAUCCCACUCCUCAUGUUGAGCAGCAAACACUCCUAACUGCUGAGUCAUCUCUGUAGCCCAUAAUAAUAUUGUUAUAAUGUUUUAUAUAUUGAAAAGCUGGUUUAAGCUGAGUUAGGUUUUUCUUGGAAAAAAAUGAUUUCCAAUGGAAAAGAAAUUAAAAUCUAUUUUCCCAACAUUUUCAAAUAUCACCUCUGUGGUGGCUAUUCCUGGUUGUCAACUUGACUAUAUCUGGAAUGAACUACAGUCUAGAAUUGGAAGGUUCACCUAUGAUCCUAAUUUGGAGGCUCAGAGAUAUAAGUUUCUGACCUGCAUCUUGGCCUGGAGACCUUGUGGCUAAGAUAAGGAGAUCUCCGAGUUCAAGAUCAUUUGGGAUUAAAGGCAUGGAUGCACAUGCCUUUAAUCUGGGCCACACCCUCUGCUGGAGAUAUAUAAGUUGGAACAUUGGAAGAAGGAAGAUUCGCUCUCACUCUUCCUUGCCUGUGUGCCUCCUGGGACUGAGAAACUGCUAGAUCCUUGGACUUCCAUCCAUAGCUGCUGCUGAUCAUUGUUGGAGAGUUGGACUAUAGACUGUAAGUCAUUGACAAGUUCCCUAACUAUAUAAAGACUAUCCAUAUGUUCUGUGACUUUAGAGAACCCAAACUAAUACAACCUCCAAGUGAUAACCCCAGCAGUUCAAGAGUAUAAUCUAAAAGUAUGUUCUAAAAUGUAUACUUCUUUUGAAA